GGCCCAAACAACCACUCAAAGCCCACAAACAAGGGCUACCUUCGAGGGAGAUGGGGAGAGAGCAAAAUCUAACCGAAACCCUAAAUUACAACCGUCGCCAUCGCCGUGCCGUCGCUACCGCCAUUGCCACCGCCACCGCUACAACCAUUCAUCUCCUUGAUACUAGCGCCAAUGCCACCACGUGCUUCGACGAUUUCUUUUCCCGUUGUCUCUUCCGUCGAUGCGUCUCCUCAGGUUGCGAUACGGUCACUUUUGAGAAAGAACCCAUGCCUUCGAGCCCCGCCAGCGGUGAAGAAAGCAACGAAAAGAAAAGCUUCUCCUCCAAAAACAAAUUCUCUUCCCGAAAUGCUUCUUCCAAGUACGAUUUCGUUAAGAUUCCAAAUCAUGUAGCUAUUAAAAUUGCUCUUGAACUGAAGAAGCUCCUCAUUGACAAUAGUCUUCUAUAUGUCUCUCAGUCCAAUUUGGAGGUCAACUUAUUCAAGGUAAUGGAGAGCCGGGGAUAUGGAGAAGAGUACAUUAGUCAUUAUAAGAUGAUGACAAGGUUUCAUCAUCAAAGAGUUCCAUUGGUAAUCCUUGUUUGUGGCACUGCUUGUGUUGGGAAGUCUACUAUUGCCACCCAGCUUGCGCAGAGGCUAAAUUACCAAAUGUGUUGCAGGUUUGUUAUGAAAAAUGGCGCCAAGGAAUGCGAGGUCAUCGUUAGUGGCAAGUUGAGGGCUCAGCGCGCUAAAUCCAUGAAGUUCAAGGACGGGUACAUGAUUUCCUCAGGGCAACCAGUCAAGAACUACAUUGAUUCUGCUGUAAGACAUGUACUCCUUAGUGUAUGCAUCUUGUUUUUGUUGUGAAGGGAUUUGGAUAAGAAAUGUUGCAGAUGAGUAACUUCACAAAGCUUUCAUGAGGCAUAUACGAGCGAGUUGCAGCUUAAAGUGGAUCACUUGCUAGAAGAGAAUGCAAGACUCAAGAGACAGCAACAAAAGACAUGCAUCUUCAUUUAUAUACAUAAAUACACACAUUUGAUGGCAGAGCAUAUGCAUCUUCUGACAUAUAGUUUACUUAUAGUUUUAUGGCAGAGCAUAUAUGCAUGUUGUCAUGUUAUAUGUGAGGAAGUCUGCACUUAGUCGAUCAAAAUUAAGCCCUAACUUUGACUAGGAAAUGGCAUAGCUAUGGGGGCUAUCAUUGGAAUUGUAUUGGCUGGAGCACUUGUUAUUGUCAUGGCGUUUGGUAUAGCUUGGUGGCGAGGAUGUUUACGACAAAAAAGUUCAUUAUAUAGAGGGUUUGGAUCUAAAAACUGGCAUAUUUACCUUAAGGCAAAUCAAAGCUGCAACAAACAACUUUAGUGUUUCCUGCAAGAUAUAUUUACCUUAAGUGACAAUUGCAAUAAAGGCAAAGAGAAAACUCAAUUGAAAUUGGACUGGUCAACAAGGCGCAAAAUUUGUAUAGGCAUUGCUAAAGGCUUGGCUUACCUCCAUGGAGAGUCAAGAUUAAAAAUAGUUGGUUAGUACCACCAUUGACAAUAUAUUUAGUUUUUGUAGAGCAAUUAGUAAUUGACUUUUUAAUUGAUGUCACUACACUAGAAGGAUAACUUAAUAUUAGUGAUAUUUAAGCAUAGUAAGAAGUGUAUUAUUUUAGUAUUACUAGUUUACACCUUUUGAAAGUUUUUUUCUGUAUCUUUCAUGAGAAUUGUGAUUCAUUUACGGGUAGCAGGCUGUUAAUCUGUUUUUGAUUGGAUUGGCUUAACUUUGAACCUUACCAUUGUGUAUUGAAUUUAGUUGGAUUAUCUUGUUUUGUGGUGA